CCUUUCACCUUUCACCUCUGUCUUGUUGGUGGUUGGUGAUGGACGGGAGACACAGGCCGAGGCUGAUCGGAGCAGGCCGUAAACAGGAGCCCAGACACGGGGAAGCCCAGCGGAGGACAUCGGCAACCUCCAGAGACGGGAUGGUUCUCCUCAUAGGUACAAUGGACGCUGGAGAUUCACCACCACAAAUGAACCCAAGUUUGGAUGUAACAUUAUAAGGAGCCCGGUGCUGCUUUGUUCGGGCACAAUGCUGCAGAAGGGUGCCCUCACCAUCAUUGAAUGGGAGGACUUGGACAAGAGGAAAUUCUAUUCCCUGGGCGUGUUCAUGACUUUAACCACGCGGGCAACAGUUUAUCCUUUCAGCCUGAUCCGAACUCGCUUACAAGUCCAGAAAGGAAAAUCCCUCUACUCCGGAACGUUCGACGCCUUUUGUAAAAUACUGAAAAGCGAAGGCAUUUGUGGACUGUACCGCGGUUUCAUGGUCAACACAUUCACUCUCGUAUCAGGACAAGCGUAUAUCACUACAUACGAACUUGUGAGAAAAUACGUCUCCAACUACUCCCAAGACAACACUGUUAAGUCCAUUAUAGCCGGAGGAGCUGCUUCUUUAGUGGCUCAGACCAUAACUAUACCCAUAGACAUUGUGUCCCAGCACCUGAUGAUGCAAGGCCAGGGGGAGCACUUGAGUCGUUUUAAGGUUAAACCCAAAAUGAUGCUAGCAGCGACAAAGAGGGGGCUGACUUUCGGGCAGACUCGGGACAUCACGGUGCAGAUAUUCGCAGAGGAUGGAUUCAGAGGAUUUUAUAGGGGUUAUGUGGCGUCUCUCCUCACGUACAUCCCCAACAGUGCUCUUUGGUGGCCUUUUUAUCAUUUUUAUGCAGAGCAGCUGUCCAACCUAGCGCCCUCUAGCUGUCCUCAUCUGCUCCUGCAGGCGAUCGCGGGACCAAUGGCUGCGGCUACUGCCUCCACCAUCACCAACCCCAUGGACGUGGUUCGAGCUAGAGUUCAGGUGGAGGGCUGUUCUUCGGUCAUUGGGACGUUUAAGCAGCUGAUGGCGGAGGAGGGCAUGUGGGGUUUGACCAAAGGACUCUCAGCACGGGUCAUCUCCUCCACCCCCACAUCCGUACUCAUCGUUGUAGGAUACGAGACCCUCAAGAGACUAAGUUUGAAAGCAGAGCUGAUUCACAUGAGACACUGGUGAAAUGUGAAAUAAAAAUGUCGAACAAGGGAUGUACAGUCUUGCAACAAGAGCGGAGACAAGAGUUCAACCACUAACCUGAAAGCUGUUGGUUUGAUUCCCACGACUGCCCCAUGCAUACUGCUCUUGUGUCCUUGGGCAAGAGUCUUCACCAAUUUGCCCCCAGUAAACUGCCUCUGCACAGACUGGAGUGUGAUGGAGUCAGUGAUUCUUCGCUGUGGCCAGUAGAAGCAGAGAACAUGACAAAUAAUAUGACCACAAAAAACUGUGUAUUGUCAGAUGUGCUUUGAUAAACUUUCAUUUAACGGAGCUGUAUGUAGCCUGCACUCAUACUGUUUUAAAAAAAAAAGGUACUACAGUCAUAACAGAACCUGGGUUGCCAGAGCCUUAACCUGCAGAUAGAGGAGAUGUUUUUUUCAUUUUCAGUAUAUGGACAGGCCAUGGUCAGAACCACCUGAAUUCUCUGAUUGGCUGCAGUUGCUCGGGUUUAAGUGGUGAGGAUUCAGAUCAGAGAGUCCUUUUUAGGUUUAAAACAACUGGAUUUCAGCUUUGAAACUGGCAACACAAAUGAGAGACUUCUGUGAUAAUCGUCUUGAACCAAAACCCCAAAUUAUUACAUAAACAUUUGAACAUGUCUACCUCAUAUAUGGGGACACAGAUAGGUCAGGUUUAUGGGAUUUAACAUCAAAAUGUUACAUACAGUUCCUUUAAUAAAGAGUUACAAACUGGGAUCAGAUGCUCCUGCAGGUGGUCCCUAAGGCUGUCAAUGAGAAUCAGACUUGAGUCAAGAUGGUUGCCAAAGUUUUAUCCUUAAGUUGGCAUCGCUGUGUUUGUGACACAAAGUGCUGCUUAAUAUAAUUCAUGGGGUGAAUAAACAAAACACAAUGAGGUACCCAAACUUUAAUUUUAAUGUUAAAAAGCCCAUGAAAAAAAUCUUUAAACUUAUUUUGUGAAGUCCAAAGAAGAAAAAGAUAUUGGCAAUGUUUAUUAAAUCAACUUAAAUUAGACAUGAUGAUCUUACACCAUGAACCAAUUUUGACCAGUUAAAUGUAGACUGUGAAAAUAAUUUAGUUUUGAUUCACUAGUUCUUAAUAGGUUGGAUUCACAACAUUGCAACAUGUCACAACUCCUUUAGUUUAACCUGAGGUGGAGAAGGGUCAGAAUUCUAUGGUGGAAUUUACUGUUUAACUAUCAGAUUACAGAUGUGUUGACCUGGUUUAUGGUUAAUAUCUCCAUAAUUACUGGUCCUAUUCACAUUAAACAAUGGCUCCAGAAAGCAGUGCCAUUAUUCAGCCCCAAAGAGGUGAUAGGUGUCAGUUGAAAGCACUUAAAACCAUAAGACUUUUAUUUUAGAUAUUUCUUUCAAAAACAGUGAAUCCCCCGUAGGGUUCUAUAUACCGCUCAUCCCUCUCUAAUUUGACCGAAAUGAUAAUGGACAUGCCCAAUUGAACCCAAAUCAAGUGCUCAUCAUUUUUAUUGUAAAGUUUGAUCGCUAAUUAUGUUAAAUGCCAACUUAUUGCCUUUCUUUUGCACUUGAGAUUAUAUAAAAAAAUAAUCAUUCCAUAAUUGAGUUUGUGCUACCUAAAGCUGAUGAAAUACAUUAAGGUCAAUGAGAUUGUAAAAAGCAGGUUAUGAGAUCUUAAAUGGUACUUAGAGCUGCACUGUGCACUUUUCUGGUAGAAGUUCCGCCACCUGCUUGUGUCUAUGGCGAUGCUAUUGCUUUCCCUGGCAUGCCGCCAUAAAUACAAGCAGAUGACACUACCAAGGCAAGUUAUAAGUCAGAUCUGUGUAGAGGUGGAGCCGGUCACAGUAAAAAAUACAUGUUUUUUUUUUUUUUUUUAAAUAAUAAAAACAGCUAUGAGUUUGACUAUUUUAAUACGAUACUGUGGAACAUUUCAAAUAAAGCAAUAAUCUCUCUGUUGUAAUAGAGCACCUACCAGAAAAGUUCCAUAGUGCAGCUUUAGGGUCAAUGGUAAAAUUCUGUCUAGUUUUCAAAAUAAAUGCUUCCAAGUUUCUCUCAUUGUAAUGUCGCUUGUACCUGUUUUUUUGUGAAAUUACAAUAUUGCGAAUUGUGACUUUUAAUGUGCCAAUGUACCAAUUUUUUGUGAGAAAGUGCGACAGAUUUGACAAGGGGCCGUUCAGCUGAGUAAAAUGGCAUAAACAGGAUUCAACUUCACAAAAGCAGCUAAUUUCACAAAUAUCAGCCUUAUGACCCUGCUAUAGGCCAAUGUUUGUAAUUCUUCAUUUUGGGGAGAUUACAAUUACAAUAACUGUUCUGUAUUCGCCAAAUGAAAGGUGAUGAUUGGAGCAGCAUUUUAAUGUGUAACAUGUUGUAGAUUAUUGCAUUUGGGGUACUGUUUUUUAUAAAUACACUACCAGUCAAAAGUUUGGACACACUUCUUUAUUUCCAUGUUCAUAAACACUAUAGAUUCUCACUGAAGGCAUCAAAUCUAUAAAUGAACUCAUGGACGGUAGCGAAUAAAAAAUGAACUCAAAAUUACUCCAAACAUGCUUUAGAUUAAUAAAUAAAUAAAUAAAUAUAGCCACUCUUUUGGCAUUUUUUGACCCCGACAGUUGUUAAGUGAAAACCAUUUCUCAAGACUUUGUGAUGAAGCUCAUUGAGAGAAGGACAAGGGUCUGGAGCAGUGUCGACAAAGGAAAGGGUAGAUACUUCAAGGACUUAAAAAAUACCUAUAUAUUUAAUUAGGGAUUUAUUUAACUUUUUUCUUGGCUACAUAAUUCCAUAUAUAUUCUGCCAUAUAUUUGACAUCUUUUGUAUUAAUAUAAAAUGUAGAAAAUAGUAGAGAAAAACAAAAAACAAACACUGAAUAAGAGGGUGUGUCCAAUCUUUUGACUGGUCAUGUAGGUAGAUUUAAAACUUGAGCUGUAUAAUGACUCCCUCCAUCUGUAUGAACUAUCGGCCUAUAGAAUGUUGUAAUGUCUUCUGAAACCCAGCCAUAUUUCUCUGUACUGAAGAAUCUCACUGCCAAUACAGCGUUUGAACAGUGUCUAAUGUAAGUACAAUGUUUAAUGUAAUCCGGCACUGCCAACAUCCUAUUUCUGUUAGAAAUGGAGCCAACCAGUUUUACAAGCACAACUAUCACAACAAAUUAAAAGUUCACUAUGUAACUUUUCUGAUGGCUUUUCUGAGGCCCAGCCACCUGCUAGUCUCCAUGGAGAUGAUAUUGCCUGGAAUGUUCCACAGUUAUUAAACUGAUCUAUUAUGUAUUUAUUCAAUUACAAAUACUUUAGUUUUAGUUUAGUUUAUUGAAUUGAAAAUCUGACCUGCAAGUUUAAUGUCAUACCAUGAGACAUUCCAGAUAAAGCAUUAACAUCUCCAUGGAGACAAGUACACCAUCCACCUGAAAAGUUACAUAGUCCAACUUUAAAGAUAUUGUACAUAGUUUUAGAAAAUCUGUCAUUAUCUAAAUGUAAGUUGAAGAUGUGUAAAUGUCCAGUUUCAUGUGUUAAACAUUGAACACCUGGAAUAAAAGACGUAUGAUUCUUAAAUGU